AUGGAGAAAGAGAUCUUUGUCUCUAACCUUCCAGAAAGUGUUACAGAGGUAACUAAUUUUGUAUCGGAUAUAUAUACAUAUGAAUGGGAAUGGCAGUUUGGUAGCAGCAGAGUCCGUGAGCUACCUUUUCAAAUAGUUUUUAUUUAAUUUUUUUUUUUAAACAUAUUUUUUAUAAUUCAGUAAUGAUAUUUUGAUGUGUCUCUAUUUCUCACAAGCAAAAAAUAUAUCUAUAUUAUUUCCACCUUCUUCACCAGAGGAGUUCACUCAUCAGUUCUGCACUGUUUUGCUUCUAGGGUUUAUGUAAUUAUACAGAAAUAAAAACUGUGCUGCCUGACAUGUACCAAUCUUUUUUUUCAUUUUUUUUAUUUUUGUAUUUUUAUUUUUAGAUUUACUUAAAGGUUUUUAUAUUUGUCUUAUGUUGGUGUUUGUUUUCACUCUCUUUUUUUCUUUAUCGUUCUUUCUCCUCACCUCUUCUUUCUUUUUAGAGAGAGACUUCAACUCUUCCUGAGCACCUUGAGCCUGUAUGUGUUUUGAAACAGGAUGACGUCCUCUGGUAGGUUGACUUUCAUGACUGUGGCAUUGAGGUCAAAACUGAAUAGGGAUAUGUGUUACUCAUUACCAUUAUCCCUGCUUUCUUCAAAUUUCACUGAUUAAUGCACUUAAUAUUUUAGUUCUAUUGGAGCAUCUAGGGCAACUCUAUUUGGCAGGUAUGCUUAAGAGUUGCAUGAUUUCGGGGGGCGGGGCUUGGCUGCCAAGCAGUGAGGAAGCUCAGGGCUGCAGCUAUCCCGAACCGAUGCAGUUUAUCAACGAAUUUAGCAACCAUACUUACUACACCCACAUUUAACCAGGCACCCCUGUCUGGGGAACAUCUGGGGAACACAUAGGUACCAAAAAGCAGCUCCAUUUUUACCUUUGUGCAGCACUGCACUAUUGGCGACCUAUUAACUGAUGUGGCGCAGGAGGGACGGCCACUCUCUUGUAGCUAGCAUAGCCCGGCAUCCACACCUGCCGAACCAGCUUCCUCCACCUCGGAGGCCUUGUUACUAUGCCAUCAAGCUGAGGAAAUGCUGAAAGAGUCUUCCAGACUCUUUUCUAAAAUGGGGGAUGCCAUGUGCUCUUUUGUGUCUACUCUCGACGGAAUCUUUGCUCAGUUCUGGCUAAAGCUGACUCAAAGACUGCAAUAUCAUGUUCACAAUAAUAAAUAACCCAAAGCACACCAGGUAAAGUUAGCAUAUAAAAAGUUUUUAUUCAUCCAGUGAUUCAGUAAAAAUGGUAUGCAAAGUGCAAAUAGCAGUAUGGGCAUUUAAACAUAAAAUCACAAACCCAUAUUAAGUAUGUGAAAUAUAAAGAUAAGUGCUUACAGUAUAUACUCGAGUAUAAGUCUAGUUUUUCAGCACAUUUUUUGUGCUUAAAAACCCCCACUCGACUUAUACUCGAGUCACUGUCUGUAUUAUGGCAACUUAGAGAGCCGCGGCCGUCAGAGCCAUGGCAACGAUCCGCGCGGCAACCAGACCGCGAGACUUACAGUGGAGCUGACCAGAACGGAGGAGAAGUGAGCUGACAGGAGCUGCAGGAAAGGUAAGUAAAUGCCUCCUGCCGGCCCCCCCACUUCACAGCCCAUGCCACUGGACCACCAGGGAUUAAGAUAGCCCCCCUCCCUGACCAGUUAACAAGCAGGCGGGGGGGACAACAUUUUUUUAAAAUAAUAAAAAAAUAAUAAUAUUAAAAUAAAAAAAAUUUAAAAUAAUAAAAAUGCCCUCCCCCCACCCAGUUCUCACACACUACACAAACACACACUCUGCAUUAUAUACACACUCUGCAUUAUAUACACAGAGUGUGUGUAUAUAUACAGAGUGUGUGUAUAUAAUGCAGAGUGUGUGUUUGUAUGUGUGUGUGUGUAAUGCAGAGUGUGUGUGUGUAUAUAAUGCAGAGUGUGUGUUUGUAUAAGUGUGUGUGUAUAUAAUGCAUGAGUGUGUGUGUAUAUAAUUAUAAAAAUCACAGAAUUUCAUAGCCCCAAGUUUUACCCUCGACUUAUCCACGAGGCAUAGCAUAUUUCACAAUUGUUGGUCACAAAACUGCACUCGACUUAUACAUGAGAUCGACUUAUACACGAGUAUAUACGGUAGUUAGAAAUCCCACAAACCCAUAAUAAUAUAGGCAUACUAACCCAGAAUAGGAGAUACAGCAACCCAAACGUUUCGGCGUCUAGCCUUCCCCAAGUAAGCAAUGGCCCUGUUCUGCAUCCUGCCAAGCUUUGAGGGCGGCAGGUUGGACCAUACGAAUGCUACCAGGUUUCUGCUACACGACGAUCCGACGUUUGCAAGCUAGCAUUCCAUCAAGCUUGCUACAGAAUUUACCGUGGAGGAACUUUGCUCAACCCCUGCAGGGAAUUGGCUGAAUGAAGUGUGAGGUCCAGGACUUAAUCUCUGUUAUCGUACCUCACCAUUUAUUCUCAUGCUAGCAUCUAUUUAGCACUUGUUUUGAUUAUUAUAAUUUUAUGUUUUCAAUUACUGAGCUUCAUUUUGUUAAUUAUUUUUGUAUUUUGCGAUGGGGCUUAGCUUAACUAGUCCUGGCAUAUCUAGGUUAUCUAUUUAGGUGGAAUUUUCUUCUGUCUCGCAGCCAUAAUUAUCUAAGUUGUCACCUAUGACUCACUUCAGAAGGCAUAUUACUAGUUUUAGGUGUUUCAGAUUACUGCUGUCUUCUGCAUCCACGAUGACUCUAAGUAGACUAGGUGGCUAUAGCUCCAUAGAUGUGUUUUUGCUUUGAUGAAAUGCUCCUCUGUUUCUAAGUUUAAUUUACUAAAAACACAAAAUGAGGCGUAGUUUAGCAGUUUGCGCCAUGUCAUGCUACCUUCUUAUUUAUUCUUCCUGUACUGACGCAUGUUUGCUCUUAUUGAAUGUUCAAUCUUAUACAUGUCUCAAUAAAAAAAACUGACCUAAAGAGUUGCAUGAUUUUGGUUGUCUUAUGAUUCUGUACCAAAGUUCAAUUUUCUUGCUUGGAUUUUUGCUUGGAACAGUGCAUCAUUUUAAAACCAGUACGGAAAAAGGAAAUCUCUCUCUUCUGACCUCUAAUGCUUUAGUAUGAUUGCUGAAUUACUAUAUUAAAUGUUUCUGUUUAGAGAUUUUCUCAUGCUGCAUAUACUGCAUCUAAAGGAAAUUGUAUAUGUUUCACCUGUAAAUUAUUACAUAUUUCUUUUUUUUUUUUUUUUUUAUAGCUUUGCAGUUGUGGAACGUAUUGCCCCACAAAGUGUUUCCCUUGAGGUAGAGCAGCAAAAUGGAACUAUCUUUAAUGGACACCAGCUCACUGUGCAGUCCAUGAGCUCUGACAAUGAGCAGCAACCAGACAAAUCUCCAGCCCUACCUGGCCCCAUGCCGGUAAUAAAUUAG